AUGACACAUGAAGUACAUUUGACAGUUUGAGUGAGACCGAAGAACGGAUAUAAAUGGUUAAUACUGAAUUUGAGUUUAAAAACGUAAAAAUCAUGAAACCUGAAACAAAACCAGACUCAAAAUCUCAUAUAAUUUUACAAGAAUCAGAUAUAAUUAAAAUAUUGGCAGGAAAUGAUCCUAAAGCAAGAGACAAGGCGUUAAAAAACCUCAAUAAAUGGUUUUUACAGCGGUCCAAGAAAAUGCCUUACACUGAAAGUGACUUUGAAAGAAUAUGGAAAGGUUUAUUCUAUUGCAUGUGGAUGUCUGACAAACCAUUAAUUCAAGAGGAAUGUGCAGAAAAAAUAUCAAAACUGGUUCAUUUUCCGGACCUACCCACGUCGAUAUUGUUUUUUAAAGCUGGAAUGUAUAUACUUGGUAGUGAAUGGAGCAGUAUAGACCAGUUAAGACUAGACAAAUUUCUUAUGCUUGUAAGGAGACUCUUAAGGCAGACUCUACGAGCUUUACAGCAACAUUCAUUUACAGACAAAAAUGUACAAAGGUUUAAUGAUGCCAUUUUGGAAACUGUUUUAAACAAAAAUAAGACACCCGUAGGACUUUUCAUGCAUUUCAAUGAAAUUUUUAUGGAGGAGUUGGCUAAGGUUACACAAGGAAAACUUCAUAAUCAUAGUAUUGUAGUUUUUCUAAAACCUUUCAUACAACGUUUAGCAACAUCACAAGAUGGAAGAGAAAUAAAACAUAUUAGAAAAUACAUUUUCUCAUAUUUAAUGAGACAGUCUGAUGUUGGUUUAGAUUAUCAAGAAAAGUAUGAAGCUUGGAAAAGGCAAGGAUUUCCUGGGAGUAUAAAUUCAAUGCAAAAGAUAACUAUCGAAAAAAAACAUUCUGACGAUGAAGAGGAAAAUUCAUCUAUAGAAGAACAAAUGGAAAAACCCUUGGAUCCCAGAGCCGGUAGAGUAGAUGUUGAAAUACCGCAAAUUCGUUUCAAUGCGAAGGAAGUUUCUAAUGCUUUAUUAGAAUUCAAAUUUGAUAAAAAAAGCUCAACUCACUCGAGAAAUAUAAUCACAGUGUUGGCUCGACAAUUCAACAAAUUAUCGCAAGGGUAUUAUCCAUUAGGAAUAAAAAAAAUUGACGUUAAGGACAAACAUGAAGAUAUAAAUGUUAGAAAAGCAGCAAAUCGACUCAUAAAAUUUGAAAAAAAGCUUUUGGGAAAAAAUAGAAAAAGAAAAUUAGAUAAAGAAAAUAAUGAACAAGGUAAUAUUGAGAAAAGACUAAAACUGCAAGAAGAAAUAUCAGUUGUAUUAAGAAAUGAAGGAACUAAAACAAACAGUGAAAAUCUCUUGACAGCAAAAUCAAAAAAGAAAAAAGAGAAAAAAACAAAAGUAAAAGUUCACAAGGAAGAAGAAUCUAAAACUCUACAUGAACAUAAUGAUAAUCAUGUGGAAGAAAUUGUAGAAAAAGCUAAAAAGAAAAAAGAGAAAUUGAAUAAACUAAGAUCAGAUUCCAUUAUGCAAACUGUUAUUACCAAGAAAAAUCAAAAUGGUUCAUUGAACUCUAUAGAUUCUAAAAUUAACAGUCAGAUUAUUAAAGCAAAAAAUAAAUUGAAGUAUCAAAAGGACAAAAAAAUAAAUGAGAAACGUAAAAAAGGAAUUAGCUCAAAAAUAGAUUGUGUAUUUAAGAGGAAUUCCGGAACGUGGGUUGUUUAUGAAGCUGAUAAUAAUUCUUUAUCUCAGAAAACGGUGGAUUGUAUAACGUCCAAUAAAUUGUCAGGAAAAAAUACCAAGAGCGUUGUAAAGGCAAAUACAGGAAAAAGCAGAACUAUUGAGACAAAUCUGUCAAAUUUUAUCUGUAAUGAUGAUUCGCCCAAGUCUGGAUUGGCUCCAGUUAAUUUAAACGAAUCAUCACCAGAACAGAAAGAAGUUUUUCAGAAAUCCGAUUGGGAAGAACCAUUACAAGAAGGUGAAUACGAAAUCUGCAUACCAUCAAAAAAAUAUAUCGGAAAAAUGAAGAAACUAGCAAAAAAUGAAAACAAAAGUGUAAACGAACUUAUUAAUUCAACUUUGGAAAGAAUUAAAGGAAAAUCUAGGCUAAGUUUAGAUUCGCGAUUAGUGAAUAAUCCGUUUUCUAAAUCACCUAGUGCCAAAAAAGUGAAAAUCAAUAUAAAAUUGAAUAGAAGUCAGGAUAUUUAUGAACAUAUCGCUAAUGUUAGGAGUUCCCCCGCUAUACCAUACGAUGCUACCAAAAAACCUUCUAAACCUUUGUUAAAACCUAGUGCGAAUUCUACUCCUAUAAAUCCUUUUUAUAAAAAGUUACUGCUAAUGUAAAUAGUGUGAAGAGAUUUGUAUUAAUGAAUUUAAUAACUAUCAAUAA